GAAAGAAAUCCACCACUAAAUAGCUAUCGAGCAAGAGGAUAGAGCUUCAUUAUUUAUUGAAAAAACUCAGAGAAAAUGAAAGCAAUCCCAUGGUUUGUGUUCCUAGGGUAUAUUUGUUUGGCUAGUCUGCAUUUUGGCUGUGCAGAGGGUGCCACCCAUUACUAUGACUUCGUUCUCAAGGAAACUAAUUUUACAAAGCUGUGUAGCACAAAGAGCAUUUUGACCGUAAAUGAUAGUUUUCCAGGGCCUGAGAUUCGUGUUCACAAAGGGGAUACCGUGUUUGUUAACGUUCAUAACCAAGGAAAUUAUGGUGUCACUAUUCACUGGCAUGGAGUGAAGCAGCCAAGGAAUCCAUGGUCAGAUGGUCCUGAAAACGUCACACAGUGUCCCAUCCCAGCAGGAACAAAUUUCACCCAAGAGAUUAAUUUUAGCUCAGAAGAAGGAACUCUCUGGUGGCAUGCUCACAGUGACUGGUCACGAGCUACAGUUCAUGGAGCCAUCAUUAUUUACCCUAAAAGGGGAACAACUUAUCCAUAUCCUAAACCUUAUGCGGAAAAAACAAUUGUGCUUGCUUCAUGGUACAAGGCAGAUGUUAUGGAGGUGAUCACUGAUGCCCUUACAACUGGUGCAGACCCCAACAUCUCAGAUGCCUAUACAAUCAAUGGAGAACCUGGGGAUCUUUAUGAUUGCUCCAAUGAAACUACGUAUCGUUUGGCUGUUAAAUAUGGCAAGACCUACCUCCUUCGCAUUAUCAACGCCAUAUUAAAUGAAGAAACAUUCUUUGGAAUUGCAGACCACAACCUCACAGUUGUGGGCACAGAUGGUGCAUACGUGAAGCCUGUAACUGUAGAUUACAUCGUCAUAACCCCAGGGCAAACCAUGGACGUUUUAGUCACGGCAAACAAGGCUCCUAGCUACUACUACAUUGCUGGCUCUCCUUUUGCUGAUACUGUUGUUCCAUUUGACAACACCACCACCACAGCAAUUUUUGAGUAUAAGGGCAAUUAUACUCUCCCAUCACCCAUUCCGUUUCCAGUUCUUCCUGUCUACAAUGACUCUGACGCCGCAGCAACUUUCACAAAUAAAAUAAGGGCCCUGAACAGCGCAAAGCAUCCUGUUAAUGUUCCCCAAAACAUCACUAGGCAAAUCUACAUGACAGUGUCCACAAACAUUUUGCCAUGCCCUAACAAUUCAUGUUUAGGGACAUCUAAUGGAGACAGGCUAUCUGCUAGCCUGAACAACGUCAGCUUCGAUGCCCCUUCUAUGUCAAUUCUCCAGGCAUACUACUGGAACUUGAGUAAGGAUGUUUAUACGACAGAUUUCCCUGAAAAGCCUCCAACGUACUUUGACUUCACUGGAAAUGUGGACAACAUUACAUUGUACACAAGCCUAGGGACCAAGGUGAUAAUGCUAGAUUUUAAUGAAACGGUGGAAAUUGUUUUCCAAGGGACUAAUCUGUCGGCUUCUGAAAAUCAUCCAAUGCAUCUCCACGGUUUCAGCUUCUAUUUGGUUGGGAAGAAUAAAGGAAAUUUUGACAAUGCCACUGAUCCCUUGAAAUAUAAUUUGAUUGAUCCACCAGAAGUUAACACCAUUGGUCUUCCCAAGAAUGGAUGGGCUGCCAUCAGAUUUUACGCUGAUAAUCCUGGGGUAUGGUUUAUGCAUUGUCAUUUGGAGCGUCAUUCAAGUUGGGGUAUGGACACUGUGCUUAUAGUGAAGAAUGGGGGCACCAAAGCAACAAGCAUCCGCCCGCCCCCUGCUUAUAUGCCUCCUUGUUCCAAGUCCUAAUUGCGAGAGCUCUACGCCUCAAUCUUCUAUGUUACAAGUAUUUCAGGGAAUGUCUUGAAUUAUUAUUAUUAUUAUUAAUGUUAUUACAAUUCAAGAAAAAUUGAUUUGUAUCUGCUGUAAAAAAAAAAUGAUUCGUAUCAGCAGUGCUAUAAUAAAGGGACCGGUGUGUAUACUUUUUUUUUCAA